AUGAUCGGUGGUGCCGAUAGCCCCAUCCACGCAGCCCAUGAUACAGCAUGCGACACAUACGAUGCCGAUGCAACGACCAAUUAUGGCGUCCGAGGGGCUAAACGCCUCAGUAUCAAAAAGGAGACGACAACCGACGUGAGUAUCCACGAAUGCGAAGCCCCUAGUGGCGACCGAAUUAAGAGAACCAACUUCGAGAAUGGCCAUGGCUGCACGAUUUAUAACACCAACACCGGAGCAUACGAUGAGACAUUAGAUUGUGGCACGGACGAUGGGGACCAUCACCAUCGCGAGAAGCUUACCGCCGACAGUGUUUAUCAGCUGCAAGAUGUUGAUUUGCAUAAAGAUGGAACGAGGUAUGUUUAUCGCGAGUACGGCAAUCCGAUUACUGGGAUCACGACUUGCGUACGGGGAACUAUGGGCGACCGUGCUUUUGAGGCGGACUUUUAG